AUGCUACUUGAGUCGUUGAAUGCACACAUAUGGGUUAAUGCUGUUGUUAAUAAAUUCACAGUCAACGCAGUAUGUCGGAAGGAUCCCGUAGGACCACCACCACCCUACGAGUCUGAUGAUCAUAGUGUAAUUUGCCAAGCUAACAUCGACACAGCCGGCAAAGAGGAUGAGCUUGUUGUCAAAUGCUCCCGGUGCAAUGAAGUUACCAUACACCUUAAAAAUUUCAAACGCUUCGUCUCUACAAGUUAUGAUAGCAAUAAAAAAAGAAUUCUUUUUCCCUACAUUUCAGAGAAGAUGAACAUACCAACGUUAUGGAGAGCCGUAACACGGACCUGUUACCAAAUGGUGGCAAAAGUUCCGAUACCACAGUACGCCAGCAUCCCGUUGACACGAAGCAUGCACUGCAUGUUUAAUAAUGGAUCGUUUUCGUUACUGUCUAGAACAGUUCUUGAUACGACUCGAUCCUCACCCUCGUCUAAGUUACUGAGUGUAAAGGAGUCGCCAAUGUUGGUGCCAAGUUGCGGUAUGAAGAUAAAAAGACUCCUCAAACUUCGUUGCAAACAUUGUUACUUCGUAUGGAGAGGCGGAACACGUUAUGUCAUGUGCAAAGCUAAGCCAAGGCAUAAACAGGCCCGUCUUAUGCCACGCGAAGAAAAAUCUUGGAUAUUAUGCCAAGCAACGCAGCAUCCUCAACGCGAUUGGUAGAAGUUCGUCGAAACGAUAGUCAUAGAUGUCGUCAAAGAAUUCUACUUCAAAAGUCAAGAUACUAGUUCUGUGCUUGAAAAAUUAUUGUGCAAUCAAGUAUAAAUGAAUUUAUGAACAGAAAUGUAUUUGUUUGAUCAUAACUCACUGUUGCUUGAGGAUUGUGAGUCGUACUCCUUUUUGUUUUCUUUCACAUUUUUCCUUUCCAUUUUUUCCUAUAAAAGGGUCGUCGACGGCUUGUCUCUGCAUUUCUGUACAUAUAGAAUAAACGAAGGUUGAUUUUAUUCAACAGAGUAUAGUUUUCUCAAAUAACCUUCAUCGCCAUCCAAUACACCAUUGCAUCGUACAAACUCCUCCGUUAUAGUCGA